AUGUUGCGACUGAGGCGGUUCAACGCGGCUGCCGCAGCUGGAACGGUUCAGCGCCGCGGCGUGGAGGGCGGAGGGCAGCCGCAGGCGCCGCGGCAGUCCGCCGGCGCGCUGCACAGCCUUUACCGUCGUCUCCGCAAGGAGGGCGAGGACCGGCAGAUGAUGGAGCGGGCGCUCUCCACCCGUCCCCUCGAGGCGAACGUCAGGCUGGGCCUGCGCCUCCUCCACUACCACACGAUGCUGGUCAACCUUGACCGGGAGGCGCGUGAGCUGGCGCUUUGGCGACUCCUGCGUCGCUUCCGCUUGGCAAUGGCUAGACGCUACUUUGCGUGGCGCAUUUUUAGUCUGCGCCUCCUCUUACGCAGCACGGCGGCCAUCAGUGACGCGUUGGUGUACUCCUUCUUUCUGGCGAUUUGUUUCACUUUGUACCAAAUGUAUAGGGUCUGCCGCAUUGGCGUCACGCGUGCGGAGGAGCGCUACCAGACGCUCUCUAUCCCCAUCAAGCAGACCUUUGACGCUCUGGAGCAGGCGCAGGAGCGGCGGAAGGCCCUGCGCCGGGAAAUAGAGCAAGACAUGCUUCAGCAGCGGUAA